GCGACUAUGAGUAAUGGGCAGGUCAAAAUCUUCGAGUCCACCCUUCCUCCACUUUCAUCAUCUUCUCGCUGGUUUCAGAUUUUCAGUUUCACCGUCAAUGCGCAUAACGUUUUCGACCCGAAAAGAAUAAAAGAAAAAUCAUACAAAGAAAGUGUUUUUCUGACUUUUUUCUUCCAAACCUUCACGAUUUCACACGUGUCUGUUUCUUGUGUCCCACAUGCCACAGUCACUUUUUUCUUUUUCUCUCUAUCUAAACUUGGAAGUUGGAACUACCUCGCGGUUUCCAUCUAUCUCUCUUCAGUCUUCAACCAAUCGUCAUAAAAAUUGAAUCUUUAAUCUCAUAGCUACAAACAGAUAUAGAUAUAGUUUAUAUAUAUAUGAGCUUCAGCUUCGUCGUUUUUUGGUGACUACUCUUGACCAGACAUUUUGCUUCUCUCUCUCUCACGCAUAAAUUGGGGGUCUGUGGGUGCUGCCGUAUAUGCAGAAGAUAGCGGGCCCCAUGUCCCCGAGCAACUCCUCCUCUGCCAAUGUCAAUGGUAGUGUGUCACCAUCAGAAAAUGGAUUCAUUGAGUCUUUUUCUCUGUUGAGUGUGGAAGAAUCAAUCAAGGAUAUUAUUCAGCAGGCUCCUGUCCAGGGUAUUGAUGAUCAUCUGAUCGAGUUCUCUGAGGCUUUGAGAACUGUAGGAAAAGCACUAAGAAGUGUUACUGAAGGUAAGGCGUCUGCUCAGGCGGAGGCUGCUGAAUGGAAGCGUAAGUAUGAGCUGGAGAGGGCGCGCAAUCUGCAGUUGGUGUCAAAAGGAGGGAAUUGCAGUAACUUCCAUUUAGAGAGAGGUCGAAAUGUGGAAGAUCAAACUGUUUUAUCAGAUAAAAAUAGUGAUCAAUGUGAGUUGUGUUGUGGGAAAGAUGAUAUAUCCGCUCAGGAGGUCCUUCGAGAUGGUGAGUCUGAGCCUGGCUCCUCGGGCACCCCAAAUAAGAUGAUGAAAAAGGCAUCAUUCAAGCUGUCCUGGUACUGCAAGGGUGAAAAAUGUAAUCGCCACAAACAUGACAUUGUGUCGUUUGAGAAGGGUAAUAUAACUACUGCCGAGCGAAGUAGUAAACAGAUAUCAUUGAAAUGGGAAUCUCCACCACAAACUGUGCUUAUAUUGACCAAACCAAAUUCUACCUCUGUCAGGAUUCUAUGUUUAGAAAUGGUCAGAUGGUUGAAAGAACAGAAGAAAUUAAAUAUAUUUGUCGAGCCACGUGUGAAGUCUGAGCUUCUGACGGAAUCUACAUACUACAACUUUGUACAAACAUGGUUAGAUGACAAGGAUGUGCUCCUCCUGCAUACAAAGGUUGACCUCAUUGUAACUCUCGGUGGAGAUGGUACUGUACUUUGGGCUGCAUCUAUGUUCAAAGGCCCAGUACCUCCCAUUGUGGCAUUCUCUCUAGGCUCCCUUGGUUUCAUGACCCCAUUUUACAGCGAGCACUACCGCGAGUAUCUGAACUCGAUCCUCCGUGGGCCCAUCGGCAUCACACUGAGGCACCGUCUGCAGUGCCAUGUGGUCCGAGACGAGGCCAAAAGUGAAUACGAGAACGAAGACACAAUGCUCGUCUUGAAUGAGGUCACAAUCGACCGCGGGAUGUCAUCAUUCCUCACGAACCUCGAGUGCUACUGUGACGAGUCUUUUGUGACGUGUGUUCAAGGGGAUGGCCUCAUCCUCUCCACUACGUCCGGGAGCACAGCUUAUUCACUUGCCGCUGGUGGAUCUAUGGUCCAUCCUCAGGUCCCGGGAAUCCUUUUCACGCCAAUCUGCCCCCACUCUCUGUCCUUUCGGCCACUGAUACUCCCAGAGCACGUGACUCUCCGUGUGGUGGUGCCUUUCAACAGCAGGAGCCACGCCUGGGUGUCGUUUGAUGGCAAAGGCCGGACACAGCUGGCGCCUGGGGAUGCGCUUGUCUGCAGUAUGGCCCCAUGGCCCGUCCCCACAGCCUGCCAGGUGGACUCCACCUGCGAUUUCCUACGCAGCAUACACGAUGGACUCCACUGGAACUUGAGGAAGACUCAGUCCUCAGACGGCCCUCGUGAUCCUUAACUGGAUUUAUAAUUUAUAGUAACUAUUAUUAAUUAAACAAAAUGGAAUAUUCCAGUUUACUUGUGACUUGAGCUUUCAUAAAAAAAAAAAUAUAUGUGAAGAAUGAAAUAUAGUGUUUCUGUCUGUCUUGGUUCUCAGGGCCUGAAUUUUUCUAUCAUGGGUGAGGAGAAAUUGCUGGAGAAAUGUGUAAUUUAGUGAUGUUCUAGAUUUUCAUUACUGAUGGUAUUACUGGUGUUCAACUUGGUUGUUGAGUCAAAUGACCAAGUCCAAGUGAUUAAACAUCAGGGUGGCGGAGGUUAUUAAGUCAAAUUCUUCACUGAUUUUCGAGAAAUUGUGUAAAUGUACAAAAAUUAUAACGUAAAAAAUAGUAAGG